AUGAAAGGAGGAACGUUAGAAGUAACCAUUUUCCUGGUCGGUUUGGGCCUGGUAUUGGCAGGUACUCGUCCGAUUUCCGAUUGCGGAGAGCGCAUAGAAGACGAUGGCUAUCCGUUGGAGCGUCACGUGGUGACCACCAGCGACAGCUACAUCCUGACCAUGCACCGCAUCCCCUACUCCCCCAAAACGGGAGACACUCCCGAUCGCCCGGUGGCCUUCCUCAUGCACGGAAUGCUGAGCUCCUCCUCCGACUGGGUGCUGAUGGGUCCGAAGAGAUCUCUGGCCUACAUGCUGGCUGAUGCCGGCUACGAUGUGUGGAUGGGCAAUGCCCGUGGCAAUACCUACUCCAAGGCGCACAAGUACUGGCCCACGUACUGGCAGAUCUUCUGGAACUUCAGCUGGAACGAGAUCGGCAUCUACGACGUGCCGGCCAUGAUCGAUUAUGUGCUGGCCAAGACUGGUCAGCAGCAGGUGCAGUAUGUGGGCCACUCGCAGGGCACCACUGUCUAUCUGGUGAUGGUGUCCGAGAGGCCCGAGUACAAUGACAAGAUCAAGUCCGCCCAUCUCCUGGGACCCGCCGCCUAUAUGGGCAACAUGAAGAGCCCGAUGAUCCGCGCCUUUGCCCCCAUUCUCGGCCAGCCCAAUGCCAUCGUAGAGCUCUGCGGUUCCAUGGAGUUCAUGCCCAGCAGCAAGUUCAAGCAGGAUUUGGGCAUUGAGAUGUGCCAGGCCACAUUAGAUGUGUGUGCCAACGAGAUCUUCCUGAUCGGAGGCUACGAUUCCGAGCAGCUGGACUAUGCCCUGCUGGAACACAUCAUGGCCACCUCUGCAGCUGGCGGCUCCGUAAACCAAAACCUGCAUUUCUGCCAGGAGUUCAACUCUGGAAAGUUCCGUAAAUUCGACUACACUGCUCUUCGCAAUCCCUAUGAAUAUGGUAGCUACUUCCCCCCGGAAUACAAGCUUAAGAACGCCAAGGCCCCUGUUCUCCUGUAUUACGGAGCCAAUGACUGGAUGUGUGAUGUAAACGAUGUCCGCAGGUUGAGAGACGAACUACCCAACAUGGCACUGGACUACUUGGUGCCCUUCGAGAAAUGGGCCCAUCUGGACUUCAUUUGGGGCACUGAGGCCAGGAAAUACGUGUACGACGAGGUCUUGAAGCAGAUGCGAUCCUACGAAUAG